CCCCUCUGAAGGGGGCCUGCAGCCUCCAUCAGUAGGCUCAGCCUUUGCUCACCCGAAUGACUCUGAUAAGCUAAGUAAAUCCUACCCCUGGGCCAGCAAGAGCAGGAAAAGUCAGCUCUCUGAACUCUGCCGGCUUAGAACAUCUCUGUCUGGUGGGGAGGAAUGGAGCUCUUACUGCUUAUCUUCACUGGCAGCUCAUAACAUUUGUACCACAAAAAUUAGUAACUCGUGGCCUCAGUGGGAUUCUGCCUCACUCUCCACUUCCAUUGGAAGUUCUGCUUCUUGCUCCUUUUUGCAUGCCCUCGCUGUGGAGGAAUCCAGACAGCACCUCCCAGCUGCUGAACGCAAUCCAAACAAAGCCAUCUUCACUGUGGAUGUCAACACAACAGAGAUCCUAGUGGCUAAUGACAAAGCCUGCAAGCUGCUUGGUUGCAGUAGUCAGGAACUCAUUGGUCAAAAGCUGUCCUGCUUCAUAUCCAAAUCCAGUCAAGAGGCAUGGGAAGCUGUGGGUGAGGAGUACAUAGAAAUUGAUGAACAUUCGUCAGUGAUUUCAGGAACUGUGGUGGAUGUCAUAGGCCGUCUCAAAGAGAAGAUCCCUGUCUUGGUUUGGCUGAGGCAAAUAAGAAGCAAGGACAACCAGCGUUGUGUUGUUGUGCUGGAACCAGUGGAAAGACUUUUGGCUUCUGUUUCCUUCAGAGUUGAUGGAGAGAUUACAUCAUGUGACCUCCUUUUUGCCCAUCUCCAUGGCUACCCAACAUUGGAAGAAGUAGUUGGGCUCUACAUAAAGGACCUGAUUCCUUCUGUGCAGAUUCCUCCUCUAGGCAAAAAAAUCCCAAAGAACCUCAGGAUCCAGCAAGCUGUAGGCCGAUCCAGAGACGGUAACAUGUUUCCUCUCAGUUUAAAGCUGCAAGUGAGUCCUCUGGAGGAGGACCAAGCGGCAGUGCAGAAAGAUGGUGUUCCACAGACAGACAAAGAAGGCGCUUUCACAAGCUAUUGUUACUCUGCUACAGUCGUAGUUUUCUCCACUAUCAGUGGUCUUAUUACUGUCCAGUCAGAUGGAACCAUCUGUGGCAUCAAGGAUAGUUUUGCUUUAAUGCUUUUUGGCUAUGAGAAGAAAGAACUGUUGGGAAAGAACAUUAUGUUCCUGAUCCCUGGUUUCUAUAACAACAUGGAGAGAAGCAGUGACUGUUCUUUGCCGUUACCUCCUCUUGACGACUCCAUGGGGACAGAGAGCGACAGCUUCUUGGCUGCAUCUUCAGCAAGCCUUCUGUCAAGAGAUGAAGAGCAGAAAUGGGAAAGAAGACACAAAGAUGACAAAUUAAUACAUGCUGAGACUAAAGAAAAGAAUGGGACCAGUUUAUUUUCUACUCCCUCACUUCCUGAAGUGGCAUCCACGCCGUCUAAUAGGCUAGAAGACAAUCUAGAUACCGCGUCCUAUGGUGCAAUUAAACCACCUUCUGAUGUUACUUGUAACUCACCUGGGACACCAACAAUAGAUGAACCGUGGCCUGGGACAACACCAGGCUGCAGGCAAGUCUUUCAAAGCUGCACGGUUACAGGGCAGUUGUCAAAAACAAACUUGAUGUGCGAUGCAAAAUGUUCCAGCCUUGAGCACGUCAUCGUUGAAAACUGCCCGCUAAAUGAUGCUUCAUCCUUCUUUGCAAAUGGAAGAAAUACUAUCCACGAUGUUUGCUCAGGAAAUAAAACAGGUUGUAGUGCUUUUGCACCAGGAGUUGCUGCAACCUCUGAAGAUGUUAAAGAAUCAGACACUGAGCUGAACUGUGUUUGCUCUGGUUUUGAGGCACUGGGUCUGAAUAUUGGUGUCAAGGGGAACUCGGACAAUUGUUCGGCUAUUACUGCAGCUCUUAUAGGAGCAUCCUCCUCUCAAGCAGUGGACUCGGCUGUAGGCAAUAUGCUAACUCAGAAAACCAGUGCCUUUUCAACUGGGGAAGAAAAGCAGCUGUCGAAUGUUGGUGCCAUAGAAGAUGGUUCUGGCUGGCUGGCCUCCCAAAGGGAAGAAUCCUCCAAAGCAUUUCUUGAGAAGCCUGAAACUCUCACAGAGACUGUGGGGGCCAACAUCAACAGAAACCCACUGAAAAGUGAAGGUAGUCCUGCAGAAGACCGUCAGUUGCAUGGACAGCAAAAUAUGGAGAUAAAAGUAACAUCGACUCCAGUGAAACGAGAAGGAAGGCUGAAUCCAGCAGCUCCACUGAUGCUGGAGAUUCUGGAAGGCAGCUAUACUGGGAAUUGCUGUCAUAGAGAUGGUUCACAAUUAAGUAUACUCUUUGAAGUGAAAUGUAUAGAACUGCAGGACCAUGCCAUCCUUUUCUGCAUCUGGGUGGUGAAAGACCUUCUACAGAGCCAGAAAGAAGCUGUAGCAAAGACGCAGCUUUUGCUCUCCAGCCUAGCAAGCUCUGCCCAGUCUACUGCGGAUCUUUCUACACAUAGUUUUGGAGAAGCCAUCAGAUCAACUUCACUUUUUGAGAAUUCCCAAAGAGCUGAAGAGCUUGAAGGACUAAGGGCAUGUGAGGGGGAAUAUGCAAAAAAUUACAACACACUCAUUCUCAUUGGCAAAGGAUCUUUUGGCUUUGUCUGGACUGCUAGAAGCAAGAAAGACCACCAGGAGGUUGUUGUGAAGUUCAUCUGGAAGGAGAGAGUGCUUGAGGACUGCUGGGUAGAUGAUCCUGAUCUGGGGAGAGUUACUCAAGAAAUUGCAAUCCUGUUGAAGCUGCAGCACCCCAAUAUCAUUAAGGUGCUGGAUAUAUUUGAAAAUGAGCACUUCUUCCAGCUGGUGAUGGAGAAGCAUGGAUCUGGGCUGGAUCUCUUUACAUUCAUUGAUAAUCAGCCCAACUUGGACGAGCCGUUAGCAAGCUAUAUAUUCAGACAGCUUGUAUCAGCUGUUGGGUAUCUCCACUGUAGAAACAUCCUUCACAGAGAUAUCAAGGAUGAAAACAUUGUCAUUGCUGAAGAUUUCACAAUUAAAUUAGUGGACUUUGGUUCAGCUGCCUACCUGGAACCCGGCAAAUUGUUUUAUACCUUCUGUGGGACAACUGAAUACUGCUCACCAGAAGUGCUGUCUGGCAAACCGUACCACGGCCCUGAGCUGGAGAUGUGGUCACUUGGUGUCACACUUUAUACCCUGGUGUUUGGAGAGAAUCCCUUCUGUGAGCUGGAGGAGGCCAUGGCAGCUGUCCUGAACCCUCCUUGGCCUGUGUCAAAAGGUCUCAUGAACCUCAUGGCUGGGCUUUUGCAUCCUGUUCCUGAGCAGCGCACAACUCUAGCCAUGUUAGUAGAGGAUUGUUGGCUGAAGCAGCCCGUGAACCUGGGUGAUUACACCUGGGAGGAGGUGUACAUCUCCACUGGGACAG